AUGACUGCGCAUCGACCGUCCAACACACAACAUCCUCAUUCACACUCGGGCGAUGACAUGCUGAAGCGAAAGAGAGGUCCAAUCAACAAACGCGCAUGCGAGAGAUGCCGUGCUGGUAAAGUUCGCUGCGACGGGAAUGCAGAGCUACAGACGCCUUGUUCCAAUUGUAUACCAGAUCAAUGUACUUACGACCAAUCUCCCAGAAAAAACAAACAGCUUGAACAGAUGAAACUCAAACUAGACAACACUGAACGUAAUUUAAUGGCGAAAAAGAGACAGAACGAUGAUCAAUUUAGAACCAUAGAAGUCUUGCAGCUUGAGAAAAAAGUCAUGGGAAUGUUAAUUGAGCCAGCUAAUCUGUAUCCCAAGGACAGGGAAAUUUUUCAGACUCUGCACAAAGCAGUUAGCGAAUCGAGAGUUUUUGAGAAUAUUCUGUUUCUAAUUGAAGAGUGUCUAGGACGAUUGAACAAACCGGGUGAGGAUUACAGUGCAGUGAUCGAUUCUCUCAAACAUGUAGCUAGUGCCACUGCUAAUCUACCAGAACAAGUAAGCAUCGAUGUAGCGCUUGGUAAGCGUACCGAGUACGCUGGCAUUGCGGCCGACAUUGACUUGAGUUAUCACAAUCACCUGAAAAGAAGUGACCAAAGAAGUGACCAGAGAAGUGACCAAAGAAGCACGAUUCAAUUUCGUAUUUCAAGCUCGGAUGAAAGCAAGAAAGAGCCAACUGGCAACAUUGAUCAGGGUGUAAUCCUAAACCCUUUGAGUCUCAGCAGAAGCAUGGACACUUUACCCGGUAAUAUUAAUGCAAUGAGCAUAGACACGGUGGUAUCGCCCGCAGAAAUCAUGUCAGAACAGUCACCGUCAGAUUGCUGCACACCGUCACCGCAGACCAGUUACCCGUUUUUGAGCCAUUCGCCAUGUCUCUCUUCGCCUUCUUCUGACAGUUCAGUGAUUUCCCCUAUCGAGCUACUCUCAAACGUGGACAAUAAUAAAUUCUAUCCUCAAACUUCAUAUCUCAGUGCGUCAUAUCAAUCAUCCGGAUCUUCUACUAGCGCCGUAGAAUACGACCCUUGGAUUUACACCAAUGAUGCGUACAUAACAUUUAGUUAA